GCCGCUGGUACUGCUGGCAAAAAGAUGGGAAAAUCAGAUACACAUCUAUCGUGUAAUUAACAUAAAAUGACCGUUUUUGACGCUGCUCUCAAUUUGCCAUAGGAUUGGGGACUGGCCCCGAUUUGAACUCCACUGGAGGACGAGAAAGAUUGGUUUCAUAUUUGCUACACUGGAUGUAACGUCACCUGUUGGAAGAGGAAAGUCACUCACUGAAAGCGGAAAGUCAGAUCUUUUUUUGUCAUGAACAUUGUGUCCUCUGUCGCCAGUUGAAGCAGGCUCACCGCCACGUAUCCACAGAAUUGGUCAAAGUCACAACCACAAAAUCAGCAAGACUAUAUACUCACCAGCCUACAGUUCUGCUGUGAGCUUGAUUCUUCUAUUUAUCAGAAGAUGUAUGGUAGCGCCCGCUCUGUUGGCAGAGGGGAUGCCAACCAUAGUGGAGGAAAGGAUGGAGGAGGUACAGGUAAUCAGGGCCGUUCCCCUCGCCUUCCCCGCUCUCCUCGUAUGGGACACCGCCGCACCAACAGCACUGGAGGUAGUGGAGGGGGUCCUGGAGGACCUGGAGGCAAGACGCUUUCCAUGGAGAACAUCCAGUCCCUCAAUGCUGCGUAUGCCACCUCAGGACCAAUGUACCUGAGUGACAAUGAGGUUGCCAUGGCAGGCGACCACAUUACCAAAAGUGGUGGGACAGUAACAACCAUGGGGAGACAGCGGGUGACAUAUGGGUCAAGGGGCAGCAGCAGUGGAGUAGUGGCUGCCAGCACUCCAAAUAUUUCCACCUCAGUGCCUGCCAAUGCUAUGCUGCCAGCAGGCAUGAUGGGAGGUGAUUCUCUGGCUUUUGGGGACCACCACAUGGCCUCCACGGUACCCCAUUCUCUAAGGCAGGCCAGAGACAACACCAUACUUGACCUGCAGGCCCAACUCAAAGAGGUUCUGCGUGAAAAUGAGAUGCUGCGGCGAGAAGUGGAGGUUAAAGAGAGUAAGCUCAGUUCCUCCAUGAAUUCCAUAAAGACCUUUUGGAGCCCAGAGUUAAAAAAGGAGCGAGCUCUUCGGAAAGACGAGGUUUCUAAGAUUACUGUGUGGAAGGAACAAUAUCGUGUGAUUCAAGAUGAAGUACAGCAUCUCCAGAUGACGGUGCAGGCCCUCCAGGAUGAACUGAGGAUCCAGAGGGACCUGAACCAGCUGCUCCAGCAAGACCCUGCCAGCCAAGGCAGGGACCUGGCCCUGACCUCUGAACCUACGGAGGAGAACUACCGGCGGCUACAGGCUGAGCAUGAGAGGCAGGCCAAAGAGCUAUUCCUCCUAAGGAAGACCCUGGAAGAGAUGGAGCUGAGAAUUGACACACAGAAGCAAACCCUGGGAGCCAGAGACGAGUCCAUCAAGAAACUUUUAGAGAUGCUGCAGAGCAAAGGGCCAUCUGCUAAAGCAUCAGAGGAGGACCAGGAGCGCACCAGGAGACUGGCUGAUGCAGAGAUGCACCGACAUCACCUUGAGAGUUUACUGGACCAGAGAGACAGAGAGAUUACAGCACUAAGAGAGGAGCUGCACCGUCGAUAUGAGGGAACCCCAGAGUCCACCAAAACUAAGGCUUUACAGACUGUCAUUGACAUGAAGGAUGCAAAAAUCAAUUCAAUGGAGCGGGGCCUGAGGGACAUGGAGGAGGAGCUGCUAAUGAUGAAAUCCAAUGGACUUCUGAGUUGUGAGGAGCGUCAGGAGGAGAUGAAGCAGAUGGAAGUCUACCGCAGCCACACCAAGUUCAUGAAAAAUAAGAUGGAGCAGGUGAAGCACGACCUCUCCAGGAAGGACUCUGAGCUUCUUGGUUUGCAGACCAAGCUGGAGACGCUGACCAACCAGUUCUCAGACAGCAAGCAACACAUUGAAGUCCUCAAGGAGUCCCUCACUGCCAAGGAGCAGAGAGCUGCCAUCUUGCAGACAGAGGUGGAUGCCUUGCGCCUGCGCUUGGAAGAGAAGGAGACGACUCUGAAUAAGAAGAGCAAGCAGAUACAAGAAAUGUCAGAAGAGAAGGGAACACUCAAUGGGGAGAUCCACGACCUCAAGGACAUGCUUGAGGUUAAAGAGCGCAAGGUUAAUGUGCUACAGAAGAAGAUUGAGAAUCUGCAGGAGCAGCUGAGGGACAAGGAGAAGCAGAUGAGCAGCCUGAAGGAGAGAGUGAAGUCCUUGCAGGCAGACACUUCCAACACUGACACCGCUCUAACCACACUGGAGGAGUCUCUUGCAGAAAAGGAGCGCAUCAUUGAGCGUCUAAAGGAGCAGCGAGACAGAGACGACCGGGAAAAGACAGAAGAGCUUGACUGCACCAAAAAGGAACUAAAAGAGUUUAAGGAAAGACUGAGCUUACUGCAGGGAGACCUGUCAGACAGAGAGACGUCUCUGUUAGACCUGAAGGAGCAUGCAUCAUCCCUGGCCUCCUCAGGGCUGAAGAAGGACUCCAAACUCAAGAGUCUGGAGAUCGCUUUAGAGCAAAAGAAGGAGGAGAGCCUGAAAUUGGAGAACCAACUGAAGAGAGCUCAAAAUGCAACUCUUGAGGCUCAGGCCAACACUGAGCUGGCCGAGCGUAUUAAGAGCCUGGAGCAGGAAGUGGCCCGCCACAAAGAGGAUUCUGGGAAGGCCCAGGCUGAAGUGGACCGCUUGCUAGAGAUCCUUCGGGAAAUGGAAAAUGAGAAGAAUGACAAGGACAAAAAGAUCAAUGAGCUUGAGAGGCAAAUGAAGGACCAGUCGAAGAAGGUAGCAUCUCUGAAGCACAAGGAGCAGGUGGAAAAAAGCAGGAAUGCUCGACUCAUGGAUGAGGCCAGAAAGAGGGAGGACAACUUGUCUGAGAACUCUCAGCAAGUAAAGGACACCCUGCGUCUGAAGUCUGAGCGCAUAGAGGAGCUGGAGGAGGCCCUGCGAGAGAGUGUUCAAAUCACUGCUGAGCGAGAGAUGGUGCUGGCACAGGAGGAGGCUGCCAGGACACUCCAGGAGAAACAGAUGGAGGAGCUGCUGGGUGCCAUGGAGAAGGUGAAGCAGGAGCUGGAGUCUAUGAGGGCCAAGCUGGCCUCCACCCAGCAGUCUCUGUGUGAGAAAGAGGCACACCUCACAACACUGAGGGCUGAACGCAGGAAACACCUGGAGGAGGUGCUGGAGAUGAAGCAGGAGGCGCUGUUGGCUGCCAUCAGUGAGAAAGAUGCUAACAUUGCCCUUCUGGAGUUGUCGUCCUCCAAGAAGAAGAAGACCCAGGACGAGGUGGCUCUGCUGAAGCGGGAGAAGGACAGACUGGUGCAACAGCUCAAGCAGCAGACUCAGAAUCGAAUGAAACUGAUGGCAGACAACUACGAGGAUGACCAUCUGAAGACUGCCCCUGACCAGACAAAUCACAAACCCUCUCCAGAUCAGAUGAUACCCCCUCUUCUAGCCCUGUCCCAGAACCGUAGUAAGCUCAAGCUCUACAUCGCCCACCUGACGGACCUCUGCCAUGACCGGGACCCCAGCAUCCUCAGCCAGCUCACGCCACCCUCUCACUACCACCACAGCGACCCCGAAGACUGGGAGGAGGAGCUCCAGAAGAUGAGUGUUGAACAGUUGGAGCGGGAGCUGGAGGUGUGUGAGAAGGAGAGUGGAGAGCUGCAGGAAUACGCCAACUCUGUUCUCCAGCAGAUUGCAGACUACUGCCCAGACAUCCUGGAGCAGGUUGUAAAUGCCCUGGAGGAGUCAUGCUGACAACUCUGACCUCAGUAACAACCUGGCUGAACCCUGGUAUGUCUCAUGUAACCUGUAGCUGAGCCCAGGCGCCCCUACCUCCAUCCUACGUGGCUCCUGGAAGGAAACAAGACAGCUGGGGCAUUAUCUUACUCCCCCUGAGCACUACUCCCUCAUCUCCCCUCGUCCAACCCUGGAACAAACUUUCAUGACCCCUGAGUGCUUUCCUGUCUCAUUUGUUUCUCUAAUGUCAGGCCUGCGAAAUCGAAUUGGGGAUCUUCACAAAGUCUGAUAAUGAGGUCUGCUCAUUCAUGACAUGUCUGAUGGUGAUGCGAGUGAGUCACAAUAAGAUAAUAAUUAAUGUUAAGUACACAUAAUCAUGUUAGGCAGGAAACAGCAUAAUUUGAGUUGGUGGAAGGUUUAAAGUUUACACUUUUUGAAUUUCUGAACGCAAAUUUUAAUUUUGCUUGUAUCACCCUUCGAAAAAAGUAUUAUUGCACACCACAGGUGCUUUGGGAGACAAGGGAAAUAAGAUAAAAAAGAAGCAAACUUCUGCACAAAGUGUUGGACUUAAUGCCAACCUUCCUCUCCCUAGAUGGCUUCAUUCACAGCAGUAAUCACUAGAUCAAGCACAGUUAUCUCACAUACUACUAUCUCACAAAAUGUUCAAGUCAAAAGGGUUACGUUUAUUUCUCAUAUGAGGCAGGAAAGCACUUUUUGUCUUGGAUGACCAGGGAGCUGCUACAUCCAGAGGGGAGCAGAGAGGAGCCUUACUCAGAAGGUAAAUCAUGGAGCUAUGUAGAUGCUUGCUGUGUAUUUUAGUAAGUAAGUUCCCUAAGUGGUGGAUUGGAACCGAGUCAUCGAUCAUCCGAACACUUAGGAGAUACAACUUUUUAACCAAAUAAAAUGCAGCAUGUUCUCCAAAUGUUUCCUCUCCCAGCUAGCAGCUGUGGAUCAGUCUUUGUAGGCAGGAUUAGGUUGUAGGUACGUUGUUUUUUUACUGCACAGUCUGUGGCUGGGUCAGUGGCAUGAGAGGGGGAUCAAGGCCUGACCUUUGACACGGAUCAAAGGUCAGCUUUUAGUUGCUCAAUAUGUUCUCAAAUCCGAAUGAGAGAGAGGAGAGGAAGAAAAAAAAAAAAAGCUUUUAUCCUUGGUGACGUGUUAAUUUUUAUAUGGUUUUGCACACAACGUCCACUUAUGAGGUAUGCAAUGUUUCUUUUGAGAACAUUCUAGUGGCCUUGGAGCAUGCACAGAUCAGUACUGGACCUAAUGCAGGGAUAUUUACUCCUCUGUAAUAUUGGUGCUAAGGCAUGAUGUAAGAAUUUUCGAUCGGAUCCACUGAUCAUUCAGUCUCAUCCAAAGUUUCUAUAGAUGUUACUUAAAGCCCACCUGAUCUUUAGUUUGACUGAAUCACUGAAGAAUACAAGCGAUGCCCCUUUUCUUGUAUUUUUCAGAUCACUUACAAAUGCAAGUGAUGCCUCCUUUUAUUGUAUUUUUUGAAAUCUUCAGGGCUGAGGUUUUUAAUUACUAAGUGCAUCUACAUUUACAGGAAAUGAAAGUCACUUUUCAGCAGAUUUUGACUUUUUAGAUCAGUUUGUAAAUAACGUGAUAUUUAACACGUGCAGUGACUGAAUAAAGGUAAUUAAGUGGAAGGUGUUGUGCAUUCUUUAAAAAAAAAAAUCUGAAAAGUUAAAAGCAGUGCAGUUGUCUUGUGUCUAAUUUUGUCUUCGAGACAAAAUGUGUGUAUGUGUGACAGUACUGCCAUAACUUGGAAAGUCAUGUUCUAUAUAUACAUAUAUAUAU